UAAGUGCAUUUUAGGGUUAGGGUUUUGGUUAUCCUCGAAGAGCUCCGACGCUUCAGCUCGCUUACUCUCAUCAGCGGCGAACAUGGCGGCGCCGGCGCCGAAGGAGUCCGUCCAGUGCUUCGGCCGCAAGAAAACCGCUGUGGCGGUGACCUACUGCAAGCGUGGUCGCGGCCUGAUCAAAGUCAAUGGCGUCCCCAUCGAGCUCGUGAAACCGGAGAUUCUACGGUACAAGGCCUUCGAGCCGGUCCUCUUGCUCGGCCGCUCCCGCUUUGCCGGCGUCGACAUGCGAAUCCGGGUACGCGGCGGUGGCAAGACUUCUCAGAUAUACGCUAUACGCCAGAGCAUCGCUAAGGCCCUUGUCGCUUUCUACCAGAAGUACGUUGACGAACAGAGCAAGAAGGAGAUCCGUGACAUUCUCGUCCGCUAUGAUCGCACCCUCCUUGUCGCCGAUCCCCGUCGCUGCGAGCCGAAGAAGUUCGGUGGACGCGGUGCUCGUGCUCGUUUCCAGAAGUCUUAUCGUUGAAAGGUUCUCUUCUUUUCGUUUCUGGACUUUGAUCUGCCAUCAAAUUUGAACAUUUAUUAUGCUAUAAAUUUAGGUUUUUUCGGAUGGACAUAUUUUGUUACGUUAUGAAUCAUACUUUGCGCUUCCUUUAGUACUUGUUUUCUUGCUGCUUAGUGAAUGAUGAUAUUUGCUUGUUGUUAAAGCAUUAUGCUAAUCAGGGAAUGCUGGUUACUGAAA